AUGGAAGAUUCUCACUCUCCACGCCAAUCCAAUGUCACUUCAGUCAGCGCCACCACUUUGGCCAUCAUUACCCUUGAGACAUUUCCUGGCAUGUGGAUAAACGCUUUCAUCGUUUUUGUGAUCAGCACUGCCUGGGUCAAGAGGAAAACCUUGAACUCUAAUGAGAAGAUCUUGCUGCUUCUUGGAUGUUCCAGGUUUUGCUUUUUGUGUUCCUCAUGGAUAUUUUCCUUUCUUUCAAUACUCUAUCCCGAUUAUCUCUAUGUUCACCCCAUAUUUCAAGCACUUAUAAUUAUUACAGGCUUUUUCAAUUGUUCUGACCUUUGUGUUUCUACCUGUCUUAGUGUUUUUUAUUGUAUAAAAAUUGCCAAUUUCAGAAACAGCUGCUUCAUCGGCCUAAAAGUAAAAAUUGACAAGAUUGUGCCUUGGCUCCUGUUCGGGUCACAAAUUUUCCCCAUGGUUAUUGGAAUCUUACUCUAUGAUAUCACUGAUAAAGCCCAAUGUAACAAUGCAACCAGUCUCAGAAAUUUGGGGAAAUUGAAUAUGAAGAUGGAUGAAUAUUUUUUCCCUUAUUAUUUUAUCACUGGCCUGGGAUUUGUCACUUCAUUGACAGCUGUCAUCUCUUCUGCCCUUCUCCUUCUCUUUUCUCUCUGGAGGCACAAACGCAACAUGCAGACAAACUCCAUGAACAGCCCCAGCAUGGAUGCCCACAUCAAAGCCAUGAAAUCUAUUCUCUCCUUCUUAGUCAUGUACAGCAUGAAUUUUAUAACAAUGAUUGUGACAAUGAUUUAUUCCACCAAGGAAAGGAAACGCGAGACGGUUCUUAUUUUUGUAUUUCUGUAUGCUUUUCCAGGUAUUCAUUCCCUCAUUCUCAUUUUCAGCAAUCCCAAACUGGUAAAGACACUCUUUAGCAUUCUGAUGUGUGUGAAGUGCAGGGUUUGCAUGAAGAAGGAGCUAUAA